AUGGCGGAAGAUUCCCAUAAAUUGCAAAAAGGUGAUGUCGUCCAGCACACCGCCAAAACCCAUAACCUGAAAGGUCAACUACCUGAAGGGAGCAUGGAAUCUUUGGCAACAACCAUUCGUUUCGUCACGCUGAACUGCCGAACACUACCGAGAGAACUCCAACAAGCCGCUCUAUCCAGACUUCUGCGAUAUCUCUGUGUGCCUCUUGCUGUUCUGCAGGAAACACGCAUGAAAGGUCGGCCUGUCAUCAGCAUCGAAAAUUACACCAUAUACUGCGGCGAUGCUGAUGAGAACAAAGUAGAUGGCUGUACGAUAGCUGUGAGGAUCGAUUACAAGAACCUGGCGGAGCAAUUUGGCUCAACAACGUCUAGAUGCGCCUUUCUAGGACUGCGGGAUCGCAGAGGACGUAAACUCUGGAUCGUAAGUGCUAACGCACCUACGGAAAUCGCUGAGGACAACAGUGAGGACACCUUCUAUGACGAACUCAAUGCGUUGAUGUCUAAAAUACCAAGCCAGCAGGUGGUCAUUGUCGGAAUCGACGCAAAUACGAAGAUGGGGCUUGAACAGCAAUCCGAUGCUAGGAAAAUGCUCGAUUACGUUCUGGCGAGGAACAUUCUUUGGUCAGAUAUCCGAAAAUCUAAAGCUGUUUCGGACGUCGCGUUCGACUCUGACCACCGUCCAGUUCUCCUCAGCUUCAACAUACGGUUCCACAAGAGAAACCGAGGAGUUCCUCUUCAACCGAAAAUCGACAUGGCAGGUCUGAAAGACGAUGAUUGA